GAUAGAAAUUUGUCAGUGUUUUCCCAAGCGCGCAAAUUAAAGGUACUGGCGCCGAAGAAACUUGUUUGUUUUGGUUUGUGUAAAUUAUAACUAAACAUUGUGAAAGAAGAGACGGAGAAGAAGCGGCGGCUAACGGUCGACACGGCGAUACAACAACCGAUUGAAGGCGUAGAUAAGGGCUGAUAAAAUACCACUAUCACAAUAAUGGUGCUGAAUGAGAGCGACGCGGGGAAGAGUCUGACUGCGGCGGCGGCGAGAGGAGACGCAGCGGAGGUGCGCAGGCUGCUGGAGGAGAACCGAGUUCAUCCUGACACCAGGAACGAGUUCGGCAAAACAGCACUACAGGUCAUGAUGAUGGGUAACACCAAUGUUGCGUGCCUGUUGCUGGAGAAUGGUGCUGACCCGAACAUCCAGGACCACUUCGGGAUCACGCCAGCCCACGAUGCUGCCCGGACUGGCUUUUUGGACACAUUGUGUGUCCUGGUUGAUUAUGGCGCCUCCGUCAACAUCCCAGAUAACUCCGGUGCUCUUCCCAUCCACAUCGCCAUCCGGGAGGGCUUCAGAGAUGUGGUGGAGUUCCUGGCACCGCGGUCGAACCUCGGCCACCAGGACACGAAGGGAGACACGGCGCUGGACAUCGCAGAGGCCUCGUGCACGCCGGACAUGGUGGAGCUCCUGAAGCGGCAGCUGGAAUCCUCGUUGGCUUUCCAGUCUUAGAAACAUCUUGUUUUGAAUUGUCACUCUAAAUUGCUAGGAGAACUUUUUUUUUUCUCAUGUAAAGGACUAGGUUACAUUACUACAGUACUAUGUUUAUUUUAGUGUAUUUUAUGGUUCAGUUAGACAGUUAAUACUAGAUGAAGAAUGUAGCAGCAGUUUUGCACAGAGCAAAGAACUGUCGUCGGAAACGUGGAUCGCCUUCUGUUCACCGUCGAUUCGGGAGUUUGCCAUGCACAAUUGUAGAACAGCUCUUUUUUCAUCCUUUUAUAACCGAAGUUACAUUUUACUGCACAGGUCUGUGUAGAAAACUUGAACUGUUAACCAUUUUUUAAAAGAAAUCUCAUGAAAUUACUGUUGCCUUUUCUCACCUAGUGAGACUGUGCAGCAUGCACUGAUGAACUUGCAUGAUCAUUUGCUUAGUUUGUAUUUGUUUGUGUGUGAAUUACAAUUUAGUGUGUUUUUUCCCCUAUGUGUACAUAGCAUUUUAUGAAAAUAUCACCUUAUUUAUUGAGAGAUUGUAAAUAGAUUUAUGUUUAAUGUGGGAUUUCUGAUGUUAUUUAUAAAGGUACUUAUCCACACCCCUCUUCCUCCCCGACCCUGAAAAAAUGUACUGAUGUAAUGGUAUUGUUAUUACAUGAGGUCUUUGAAACACAAUUAAAUUCUUAAACUUGAAAUGA